AUGCCAAAGGAAGCAACCAAGCGUGGUAAGGCCGGUAAGGUCGAGAAGAGAAAAGGAAAGAAGGACCCCAACGCACCCAAGCGUGGUCUCUCUGCCUACAUGUUCUUCGCCAAUGAGCAACGAGAGAACGUUCGUGACGAGAACCCUGGUAUCUCGUUUGGUCAAGUUGGCAAGAUCCUUGGUGAACGAUGGAAGGCACUCAACGACAAGCAACGUGCUCCUUAUGAAGCCAAGGCAGCGGCCGACAAGAAGCGAUAUGAAGACGAGAAGCAAGCCUACCAGAUGGUUCUGGUCGUGCGGCAUAGGAAGCCUUUUGACCGUGGUAAAUGGCACAAGUUUCCUUUCCAGUCUAAUGCGUAUGGGAUCGGUCGGUGUUGA